AUGAUCAAAAACAAAACAACACAAGAUAAUUCUUAUUUUCCAACAAAUUCAUCAUCAAUAACAGUGAUGAUGGAAUCUCAUUCACAAUCGUCGACUAACGAUGAUAUGAAAGCAACAACAACAGGACAAAUUGUUGCAUCAAGUAAAAAAUUACUUAAACAUCCUGUACAAUUUACAGCUGAGGAUUUACGUACAUAUCUUGAACCAAUUAUUCACAAAAUGAUCGCUUCGGAAAAUUCACUUUUCUUUCGUCAACCGGUCAAUCCUGUUGCAUUUAAUAUACCUGAUUAUCCAACAAUAAUUAAACAUCCAAUGGAUAUAUCAACCAUGCAUACUAAAUUAUUACGUGGAGAAUAUAAAAAUCCAUUGCAGUUCUGUGAUGAUGCAUGGCUUAUGUUUAAUAAUGCAUGGCUUUAUAAUAAUAGAGCAUUGCGUGUCUAUAAAAUGUGUACAGAACUUGCGAAACUAUUUGUUGAAUCUAUUAAUCCUGUUGUACAAGAAUUAGGUUAUUGUUGUUGUCGUCAAUAUGCAUAUUUACCAAAAAUGAUGUUAUGUUAUGGAAAGCAACCAUGUUGUGAAAUCCCACCUUAUGGGUAUUAUUAUUAUUAUAGCAAUCCUGAACCAUCGCGAUUUAAUCUAUCGAGUGGUGAAUAUACAUUUUGUGCUAAUUGUUUUCAUUCAAUUAAAAGUGAAUCAAUAUUGGUCGGUGAUGAUCGAACUCAAACAUUAGUUGAAAUACCAAAAACAUUAUUUCUACCGGCUAAAAAUGAUAUACAAGAACCUGAAAUAAUGAUUGAUUGUAUUGUUUGUACACGUCGUUGGCAUCAAGUAUGUGCAUUACAUUUAGAUCAAAUAUGGCCUGAAGGUUUUAUAUGUAAUACAUGUAUACGUGAAUAUAAUAUAAAACGUAAAGAAAAUCGUUAUAUAGCACAAAAAUUAACAGUAACUGAUUUAUCAUCACGAUUAGAAGAACGUGUUAAUAAAUUUUUACUUGAUAAAGAUUGUCAUGAAAGUCAUGUUACAAUUCGUGUAUUAUCUUCUAGUGAUAAAAUAUGUGAAAUAAAACCACAAUUAAAAAAGUAUUAUCCAAAUCAAGUAGCAGAUAAUGGUUAUCCGUAUCGAACAAAAGCUAUAUUUGCUUUUCAAGAAAUUGAAGGUGUUGAUGUUGUUUUCUUUGGUAUGUAUGUACAAGAAUAUGAUGAACGUUGUCCUGCACCAAAUACACGUCGCGUUUAUAUAUCAUAUUUGGAUACAGUAUAUUUUUUUCGACCGAAACUUUAUCGUCAAGAUGUUUAUCAUGAAAUUUUAAUCGGUUAUUUGGAUUAUGCUAAACAACAUGGAUAUAUGUAUGCUCAUAUAUGGGCUUGUCCAGCAACUGAAGGUGUUGAUUAUAUAUUUCGUUGUCGUCCACCUGAACAACUUUUGCCGAAGCUAAAACGUCUACAGGAUUGGUGUAGAAAGAUGCUUGAUAAAGCAAUUAUAGAUCGUGUUGUUAUUGACUAUAAGGAUAUUAUGAAAGAUUGUUUGGAUAAUCAAGUACAAACAGUUCUUGAAAUUCCAUAUUUCGAUAAUGAAUUUUGGCCGAUUACUAUUGAAGAAAGUAUUGACAAACUUGACCAAGAAGACCGAAGAAAACAAGAAGUUGGAACAGCACAAGCUACGGAAGAUGAAGAUUUCGAUGAUUUCAUUGAACCAGAAGAUCCAACAGAAAUUUCUGGUAAACGUAAAUCUGCAAAUACAUAUGGAAAGAAAAAUUUCAAGAAAACGGCAAAUCAACGAGAACUAGCAAAAAAUCAAAUGUCAAAUUGUACUGAUUUACUAUCUAUAAUAUUUUCAACUAUGGCAAAAUACAAAGAAGCAUUCUUUGUUAUUCGUCUUCAUAAUCAAAUAACAUCCUAUCCAACAGUCAAUGAUACUGAUCCUCUAAUCCAAUGUGAACUAAUGGAUACGCAAGCUGCAUUUUUAAAUUUUGCUCGUGAGAAAAAUUAUGAAUUUUCUUCAUUACGUAGUGCAAAAUUUUCAACUAUGGCUUUAUUAUAUGAAUUACAUAUAACAACAACAGAGAAAUUUACAUAUAAUUAUAAUAGAUGCCAACAACAAUGUGAUAUUUAUUAUUAUUGUACAGUAUGUGAAGAUUUUGAUCUAUGUGAAAAAUCUUGUAAUAUUGAGCCAAAACAUGAACAUAACAUGGAAUGUUCAGUAUCAUCAACACCUGACAUGAAACAAAAUGAUGAACAAAAUUUAUUAAAUAGGAAUGAUAAAUCUUUAGUAAGUACACAAUUACAACGAAAACAAUCAAUGCAACGUUGUAUUGAAGCUUUGUUACAUGCACUUAAUUGUUGUACGAUUAACUGUGUUAAUCGUAGCUGUCUUCAUUAUAAACCUAUUAUACAACAUACUAAAGAUUGCAAAGAAAAAAAUCGUCAAUGUAAUAUAUGCAAACAAGUUAUUUUUCUUUAUCGGUACCAUGCUAAAAGUUGUAUGGAUCAAAAUUGUCAAGUGCCAUGUUGUGCUGAUUUGAAAUCUGAAAUAGAAAAACAACGAACAACUUGUUUACAAGCAGAUCGACGUUAUAUGGAAGCUAUGAUGAUGUCACAAGAAAAAAAUAUAAUGCAAACACAAACACAAGAUAAAUGA